AUGGACUCGCGGCAGACCGGGCGCGGGGGCGGCCGCAGCGCCGUCACCGACGUCGGCGCCGGCGCGACAACCGCCACCCUCCAGUGUUCCUCCCCCACGGGCGCGGGGAACCCGGACACGCGCGAAAUCGAGACGCUGCUGGCGAACGUGAACGAAGCGCUCAGCGAGCCGGGGUUCGUCGGCGCCGGAGAAGCGCUCACCGACCUCCAGCUCCAUCUCUCCCGCGGCAUCGCCGACCUCACCCAGACGCUCUACCAGCGCCUCUGGCUCGUCGCCCAGACCGCGGCGCUCUCCGGCGAGCCCAUGACCGUGGUUGCAGCCUUCCAGCUGGUAGAGGCGCUAGCGCAAGUGUGCCGCGGGUGCUCGCAGGCGCCUGACUGGGUGGAGAUCCCGCGGGAUGUGGCGCCGAAGUGCGUCGUCGCCGCGAUGGGCAAGCUCCGCGAGGACCCCGCCGUGCAGGCCGCGGGCGUGCGCGCCAUCCAGUCCCUCACGGGGUGCCUGGUGUGCCACAGCCACCACGAGGGGCCUUUGCAGGACGCCAUUGGCGAGGCCGGCGCGAUCGAGGCGCUGGUCGGCGCGAUCCCCACGCUGCGCGGCGCGAUCGAGGAGCAGGCGGGCGCGCCGCUGCUCAUGGGCCCGGGCACGUCGCCCGUGGGGGCCGGCGGCGGUGCAGGGCCUGACGCACCCCCGGGGGUCGACCCCGCCGCUCUGGACGACCACUGCCAGACGAUGACGGACCUCCUGCACGCGCUGCACUUCAUCUGCAUCGGGAACCGCCCGAACCUCCUCCGGCUGCUCCGCGCGGAGUGCCCCGAGUGCGGCGUGGCGGGGGGGGAGUUUCCGGGCCUGACGCUGCUCGGGAACGUCAUCACGUGGUGCGGCGCGUUCCCGGGCGUCGCGGUGCACACGGCCGUGCUCCUCAGCGAGGCCGCGUGCUCCGGCGUGCUCCCGCGCGACACAGCGGUCUUCCAGUUUGACUUCCUGGUGGUGCUGGCGAUGGACCAGGCGGAGCGGCCGCGCGCGCUUUCCGGGAUCAUCUGGGCCGCGGGGCGCUUCCUGUCGUCGUUCUGCCGCCCGCGCGGCGCCCCGCUGAUCGACUGGGACCACGACGGCGGCAACAAGGACCUCGAGACGGUGGAGUCGAGAAUCGACAACUGCUGGGACACCUCGCACGCCCGAGUGGUCCCCGCGGCGCUGCACAUGCUCCACCGGUACCUCGGCGAGGGCAUCGCGGGCGCGGGCGUCGGCGACGCGGAGUCGGCCGCGGGCGACGACGCCCGCGUGGCCAUGAAGCACGCACUUGACCUUCUCGCCGUCGUGGGGCCGCGGGUGUGCGAGAACAACCAGUGGGCGCGCGAGGAGACGCCGACGCUGCUCGAGCUCUGCUCGUUCCUCCUCGCCGUCGUGCGCGGCGUCGGCGACAUGUGGACGCGCGCCGCCGCGCUGCGUGCGCUCUACUUCGUCCUCACGCACCCGCACGCCGCGGCGUGCCCCGGCUGCGCGCACCAGCUGCUCGCGCGCGCGCUCGGCGAGGUCGUCGACGUGAUGGCCGCCGCGCGCGACGCGCAGCCGCGUUGCACGAAGGAAUCGUUCGCGCUGCAUACGUACGGCCUCGCCGCGCUCGGGCUCCUCCUGGGCCGCGUGCUGGACGCGCGGCCGGAGGACAUCGACGCGCACGCGCGGUCGUGCCACGAGGACACGCUCAGCGACGGGGAGUGGUCGUCGGACGGCGGCCACGCCAGCGGGCACGACGCGACCACGCCGCUGCUCCUGCACCACUACUGGCCGUCCCUGCACGCGGCCGCGGACUACAUGCUGCUGUUCGUCGGCUCGCCCGCGCGUCAGCGCGAGGGGUUCGACGACGAGCUGGGCGACACGGCCCCGCCUGGGUCUGACAGGGCGGACGGCGUCGGACUGGACCUCGAGAUGACCCCGGGGUGUUGCAAGUACUCCUACCGGUGCUACCACCUGCACGAGCCGGUCAAGGGCCGCGAGGUCCUCCGCGCCGUCGAGGGCGUCACGUGCGCGCUGCUGAACCCCGUGCUCGCGCCCGGGGACGCGCGGGCUGCCGCGGAGCUGGCGGCGCAGUCCCCCGGGCCGGACCAGGGCAUCAACGGCGCGUACGGCCCGCUCGGGAACACGCUCCUGCACCGCGUUGCGGCCUCGGGCGUCCCCGAGGCCGUGACCAUCGUGAUGGGCCUCGCGGGGCCGCAUCUGGACCUGCUGCGGCGCAACCGCCACAGCGCGAACGCGCUGCAGCUGGCGAAGGAGGGGCGGCACGCGCGCGUGGCGGCGAUCCUGGAGCGCGCGAUGGAGGCCGCGGCGCUCGCGGCGCAGGAGGCGCUGCUCACGGAGCUCGACGGCGACGGGGGCGGCGGCGGGGCGGCCAAGGCGGGCGGGAAGGCGGGCAAGGCGCGGCGGAAGGCGCGGAAGCAGGCGGCGAGCGCGGCGGCGAGCGGGCAGGCGGCGGCGAAGGACGCGCGGGCGGCGGGCGCGGCGCAGGACGCAGCGGAGGCUGCCGAGCGGCGGCAGCAGGCGGAGGAGGAGGCGCGGCGGCGGGCGGAGGAGGAGCGGGCGUACGAGAUGGCGCUGGAGGAGCGGCGGCGGCAGAUUUUGCGGGAGGCGCAGCGGAGGGAGGAGACGGCGCGGGAGGCGGCGGCGGCGGCGGAGCGGCGCGCGGCGGAGAAGGUCGCGCGGGCGGCGGCGGCGCGGGAGGCCGGGCAGGGUGGCGGGAAGCGGAGGAGCAAGGGGGAGGAGAGGGAGCGGGAGAAGGAGAAAGAUAAGGGCGCGGAGAAGGGGAAAGAUAGUCUCCGGGAGAAGGAGCGGGACACAGACAGAGCAAGGGGCAGGGACGCGGGGGCGGAGGCGGCGCCGGUUGCGGGCGUCAAGGCGGGCUCGGGCAAGGCCAAGGAGCGCGCGGAGCCGCAGCAGGCGGGGUCGCCGGGGGCGAGGAGCAAGGAGGGGGCGGGGGCCGGGGGAAAGGAGACCGGUGCGGCACAGGGCGGGAAGCAGGGCGGGAAGCAGGGCGGUGCGGCGGCGAAGGCGGCCGCGGCGCCGAAGCGCGCGCCGGGAAGCGGCAUCGCGACGGUGGUGGUGCCGGUGUCGAACGCUGGGGCGGCGCGCGCGCAGGCUGCAGGGCGCGGUGCGAAGGGCGUGGCGGGGCGGCCGAUGGUCGCGACGGUGAUGCCCGUGGCGGUGUCGGGCGGCGCGGGCCGCGGCAGCGGCGCGAACGCAGCGACGAAGCCUGCGGCGAUCGCCGACGCGCCCGCGCCGGCCACGAACCCGUGGACGCGCAAGCCCGGGUCGCUGGCCGCGGGGGGCGGCGCGCAGGGGUCGCCGCCAAAGCCCGAGGACGGCGCGGCGGAGGCCGCGGCGGCGGACGCGGUCCCCGCGCCGCAACAACCGCAAGCGGCGUCUCCGCCCGCGAUCGCCCCCGUGGAGCCCCUGGUUGGGUCCGCGCCGCUGGCGACGGAGCCGUUCGCGCGGGCCGCGCCGGCGCCGGACGUCGAGGCCGCGCCCGCGGUGCCUGCGCCGCCGUUCGGGCUCGGGUGGGGUCUGGGCGAGGCGCAGCCGGCGCCGCCGCCGCCCGGCGCUCCCGGGCCGCACUCGCUCAUGUCUGACCCGCACGGCGGGCUCGGGUUCGGCGGUCCGGGCUGGCUUGGGCUCGGCGGGCUGGGCGCGGCCGCGGGCGCGCACGCGGGGAGCCACGACGACGACGACGGCGCCCCGGACGACGACGGCACUCUGCGGCAUCUGCUCGGGGGGCUUGCGCUGGGCGACGACGGCGACGACGGCGACGCCGCGGCGCCGCAGAGCAAGGCCAGCGCGCAGCCGGGCCCGCCGCCGCAGCCCGACGGCGCGGGGGGACUUUUCGGGUCGUUCGGGGGGUCUCCGUUUGGCGGCUUCGGAUUCGGCAUGCUCGGCACGUUCGCGUCGGACAGAUGGGGCGGCGGGAGCGCGGGCAGCGCCGAGAACGUCGCGCCGGACGCGGCCGCCCCGCCGGCGGGCGUCGGCGCGGCGCCCAACGGCGCGGAGCGCCACACCGUCGCCAAUGAGAACAACAACGCCCCCCGGGGGGCGUCGGUCCCGGCCGCGGCGGCGCCGCCGCCGGACCAGGGGCGCGCGGGCGGCGGCGGCGGUUCGGCGAAGCAGCACGCGCAGGGGGGCCACGCGAGCGCCGAGGAGCCGCGAGCCAUUGGGCGGUAUCUCUGGUUGGGUAAUUUGAAGCACAACGUCCCGCGGCCGGCGCUCCUGCGCGUGUUCGAGCCGUUCGGCGCGAUCCAGGACGCGGUGACGUUCCCGGGGAUGCAGUACGCGUUCGUGAACUUCAUGACGCGCGCGGACGCGGCGCGCGCCGCCGAGGCGCUGCACGGGACGGUGAUUCCCAGCAUAACGGGCGACCGGCGGCUGAUUGUGCGGGCGCGGCCGGCGAAGCAGAAGCUCGGGCGCGUGCCGCAGGGCGAGGUGGACCCGAUGCUCGCGCCCGCGAACGGCGGCUCGGGCGGGUCGGGCGGCAGUGUGGGGGACGGCACAGGGAAGGGCGCGUGGGGGGGCGGCAAGGGGGGUGUGUCGGGCGGGGAGCGGGAGGGGCGCGCGACGAACGGACACGGAUCCCCGCGGUCCAUGCCGGCCGAGGGCGCGCCGACGCGGCACCUCUGGCUCGGGAACGUGCUGUUGCGGCCGCCGGCGGGCGCCAUCGAGAGGCUGUUUGCGCAGUUCGGGAAGCUGGACAACGUGCGGACGUUCCCGGGGCUGUCGUACGCGUUCGUGAACUUCGUGAGCGACGCGGACGCCGCGCGGGCGCGGUACGGCCUCGACGGCUCUCAGAGUCACCCGGCGAUCACGGGGGGGCGGGCGCUCAUCGUGCGGUUCCAGAACUCCGGGUCCGUGGGCGGGAGCUCGCAGCAGGGGUCGACGGGGGGCGGCGCGGCUGUGGAGGCGGUGCGGUGA